UGACGGCGGCCACCGAGGUGAACGUUAGUGUCUUCCAGGGAUCCUGGCUCCAGCUAGUCUCAUGUGGCCGUGUUGGCCACCACAUCAACACUUGUAAAUACGGCGCCAUCGCUUUGUAUAUAAAUACUGUGAUAACUCUACAGUCAUGUGACCCAACUAGUGAAGAAAUAUUUUGAAUACUCAUGAUAACCUACAGUGAGUUGCAGAGAUAACCCUGGUUUCAUUUAGUGUGUGAGCCCCUGGCCUACUAAUGCUCGUAUCCAUUAUAUAUGUGGUGACAGCCAUGAAACAAGGCUGUCACAUAAUCUGGUCAGGCUGACCUCUUCACAUUUUAUUUAUUGACGAUGCGAGACUUCUUGAGGAAGAGUCCCUCUAGAGGGAGUGUAGGUUCAUCUCUCUCUGGGUGUAAAAGACCAACGAGCCCUCCAGCGGGAGAGCAGGCUUCCCACGGCAAAGAUAGCUCUGGAGUGGGCAAAUUUGCUUCAGCCUUUAAGAUGCGCGCCUUCCGGGGUAGCGUGAGGAAGAAGAUAGCAGAACUGGAGGCAUCAGCGAAGGAUGAUGUUAACAAGGUUACACCUAAAACUCUUCAGUCCCAGAGUGCCAUAGCAAACUGUCACAUGCCUGACCCAAUGCCAAUACAUCAUGAGGAUGCUGAUACUGACACAAAGGAUACUGUAGAGGAGAGAGAGGAGAUCCAGCAGCUGGAGAACACUAAUCACGAGAAUACAACUGGGAAGGAUGAAGUCGAGGUUCCUAGAGAUGAAGACCACACAGAAUCUGAAGCGGAAAGUGUUUACGAGUCGCGCAAAUUGAUGCUCAGACGAGUGAUGCAUCACGAAGCAAAGGAAGCUAAGCAGAGCCACUGUGAUCACUCUGAUGCUGACUCUUGGACUGACCUCGAGGAAAACUUCGCCAAGAUUUACGAGCCCAUACCUUACAGGGUUCGCAAGGAGGCCUGGCACAAAAUGACCAAAGAAGAACUCUUGCACAACAUCAACAGUGAAAGAAUGAGGUCACGCCUGAAAAACAAGAGCAGGAAGGAAAUUCUUCAAGAGAUUGAUCACUUGCGAGCACAUCCGGUACACUUCAAACAGCAUUACAGAAACUUCAAGAGCCCAAAAGAAACACUAGGAAGCGGCGAGCGUCAUUCGGCCUCCACCACACGCCAACACCAGGUGGUGGUAGCCGAAGUACACUCCCCUCCCCGCCCAGCCUGUCAAACGCUUCUCAGCGACACGGAUAGCGAAUUCGGAGAGACUGAUUACGUGACACGCUCUGAAUUGUACAGAAACAUUCAGAACCUGCAAAACUCCUUGGCGAGGCACAAUGAUCUGUUGGUAGAUGAAGACAGCCAGUCCUGGAAGUCGCUUCCCAGUCAACCCGAUGAUACUGUAUAUAUAUCGCGUUCAGACAUAUUGUCUAAAGUAGACCCAACGUAUGCUUCCCGCUCCGAGGUUGCUAGGGAGAUGAAUGACAGCAGAGAGAACUACGUGUCUCGCUCUGAGAUCCUAACUCGCCUUCAAGAGAUGCAGGAGAGCGAGGAUGAACGCGACUACUCGCCCACUCACACCACUGACUCCAACUGGGACCUGUGUUCUUGUGUGUCUUGUGAGCAGUGCGGCACCGAGGUCAGCUCUGCCUCUGAGGCUGAGUGCCACUGUAGUGCCAAGCAAGCUGGAGGCAAGACACAUGAAGAGCACAUCAGUCCCCAUAGGCCCUCCUCACCUGGAGAUCGAUCUCUUCUCUCCCAAGAUUCCUGGUCAAAUGGAGAGUUCGAGAAAAUCUACGAACCUAUGAACAGAGCGAGCGUGGAUCUCCGACAGGACUACCUCGUCAGCCGCACUUUAGAAGAGCAGGAAAAACGUCUCCGCAAGUUGGCUCAUGUAGAAGAGCACUGUUCCUCUGCAGGCCGAGGCAAGUAUCUCCCUGUUGACACAUGGAGCAUCAGUGGCAGUGAAGAUGUGUACGAGCCCAUGGCUCAUGUGGCUCGCGCAUCACUGAGGGGAGCACCCAGCUCCUCCGCGUCUAGUAAUAAAAUGCAACAAGAAACUAGCGGCAGUGGUGACCUGGAAUUGCAACGACGCGUGCGUGAGAUAAUUGAUGGACAGAAGCAGAUUAAUACCACAACCAGAAACAAGGUUGUACAGGCUAUCACUGAACAUAUACAGCACCUUCAUCUUGACAACAUUUUGGACGAAGAAGAGAGAAAUCACGAGAUCAGAGAACGACUGAAGGAGGCCAUGGCACAGGAUUGGGAAACCUUGAGCAACAUAAAUCUUGGUCAUAUUUAUGUCCCUAUGGAAGAAAGUUCCAAGAGUUCAAAAUUAGGGAGCAGAGAGAAUACUGAUUAUGAUACAUUUGGCAGCAUCGACUCUCUCAUCUUCGAGCCCAAGGUUCCAGCCAUUAAGGAGGCGUUGGAUGAGACAGCCGUCUCCAAUGUGGUGAGCAGCACUGACAGUCUCCUGGAUAAGGUUCUCGAGCAGAAGCACGACACCGGGACUGGUGAUUCUGCCUUGAGUGCUAUGAAACUGCUUGAUGACACACUUAGAGAAGAAGAGGGAAAGAACAAAGAUUUUGAGGAAAGAAGUGACGAGGAUGCAGAAGAAACUCCAGUUCCCACACCCACUCCUUCAACACUAGUCGAGAGCGAACAAGAACUACCCAUCUACGACACAGACGAAGACCCGCAGGAACACCCAGUAAAUGAUAUUCAGAACAUCUCUAAAGAGAACCCUCUGAACUUGAAACAACACCCAUGGCCAUGGAGUGCCGGCAACCUAGAUCACCGUGGCAAUAUUCAACCAAAUAAAGAACCGACCAAGCUGCCUCUCAAACAAAAGAUAUACAAUGGUCUCAUGGGACUGGGGUUUAUAAGAUUUGGCUCUAAAGAAAACUUAAAAUCUUCAGUCCUGCCCAUCGUUCGGGACGACUCCACAUUAGAUAUUUGUGGAAACAACACCUCGAUGCCAGAAGUGUCUCAUAAAGUACCUGUGAUGAAGCUUCAGCGAGGACUGGACUCGCGGAAGGACCUGCAUGGUUACCAGUCUUUCAAGGUGGAUUUUCAACGGCUGUCCGGCAAGAGGUUGCCAAGCGAAGAGGACUCAACGUACGACUAUCAUCCAGAUCACAACGAAGCACUGUACCACGGCGGCACCACUACCAGCCACGACACAGCGGACUCCGAGACGGACAGCGUGGCCAGCUUAGAGAGCGUUAUUUUCAAGGGCAACCUCGCGGAGAAAGAAGAUGCCAGCGACCUAGAGGACAAGAAGAAGAAAAAGAAUUUAUUCCGGCACAAGUUUGUCGUAAAUCAGGGCAACGAAUCUGACAAUAGCGAACUAGUGGAAAACAAAUCUAUGAGCACACAUCCUUACCUGGAUUCUGAUACAUCGUGGGAUUACAUGGAGGCUGUUGAUGAGGAGAAAGUUGCCAUGCAGAGGUAUGCUGCUACUUUGAAGGCUCAGGCUGACAUGGCUUUGGCGACUCCCGGUCCAAGGGUGGUGGGCAAUAUGCGCAGAAAGUCCUUGCACCAGACUGACAGCAUGGAGUGCUCUCCAGCUGCGUUACCUCCUGAGGGAGUGAAGUCUUCAGACUGCAGUCUUCAGACAGGUACUGGAGAAGCCCUCCAAAAUGUGGAGGAUAGAAGGGACGGUGUUUCUCCAUCCUCCCCUAUGACUCGCCAGCUGGCACCCUUAAGAGUAACCAGCCCCACCGAGUACACUGAUGAAGAGAUCGAUGGUCGCCAGCUUUUUCGUGCCUACCAACAACGCCAGUUGCGACUCCCGAGUGACCUUGAGCGUCGUGACGGAGGUGGAAGCACUAGCACCACAACCCACGAAUACCAGGACACAGAAGAGGACGUGUACGAAGUGUGUGAUUCCAGCGGAUGUCUUGUUCAGCGCGGGCAAGAUAAUCCGACGGUGGUGUUGCUGAAACACCAUGUGUACCAGAGUAUAGAGUCCCUGGCCUCACGUUCCUGUAUUUCCUCCACACCAUCCAUAAAGUCUCCGGUCACUGAAGGCACACUGGACGAUGGUGAGCUGCAGCUCUACGGUUCUCGUCAUGGGGAACCUAUCUAUGGUGCCCGCAACUCUCUCCUUUUCCAUUCCAUGAAUGGUGCCUUUGUUAGUAGAAGUAGUGACGAUAGUGCCUCUAAUCCUCCGGUCAUUAUCCGUAAGGGCAGAGUAGUGGAGCUCACUGAGGAAAUGUUUAAAGGAACAUUGGACCGUAAUGUGUCACUUCAGCAACUUGAUUCCCAACAAAAUAUGACCUUCCAUAGCAGCCUUUUGCCUUCUCCGAUGCAUGAGGAAGAUCGUCUCUAUUUCCAAAACACCGUUUCAUCCACAGAGUCACGAGAAGUCCACUCAUAUGAGAAUGACAGUGAAAUCUACGGCACACGCAAAGAAAUUAGCGAGGAAAUUUUGCGGACUUCCCGAGAGCAACAAGAAAGUGAACCUCAAGUUAAAAUUUUGGUGGAUGAGAGAUCCUCAGCAGACCCUCCCACACUGUUGGGGGGCAGUGAGAACACGGAAGUAAGGGAAGGCACGUCGACAGCAAAGAUAAAGAGAGUGCAGAAGCUCGGGGUGUCUAUCAUGGGAAACAACAAUGACAUGAUGAUUCGAGAAUUGAAGCUAAAGUUGAAGUGCAGGUUUAACCAAGAUGACGAGAGUGAAGGUUCUCAGCACAACGAGAAGCUGCCAGCGAUAAAACCGGAAGCAGCAAGCAAGGGACCUCUGACAGCCACCAUCUCGAGUGACUCUAUUAACUCUGUGGCACUGAAGAGGGAGCAGCUUGCACCUCACAUGAACAAGAUCUUCGGCUCGUUGUACGAGAUGCGGCGUCAGAGCAUUGAGAGUGAGGUGAGUGAAAAAGAGGAGGUUACAGGUGUAAAAAGUGAAUGUGGAGAGCCUUCGCAAGCAAAAGCUGAUGUCAAGGAUACUAAGGAAGAGAAACAAGAGAAGAACGAGAAGGAGAAAGGAAAAGAUAGAGAGGUUAUCACUGUAACAAGAGCAGACGGAGGCGUGGAUCAAGUGUGUUUACCUACACCAGAUUACACACCGGCAUCUACGCUACCUAGAGACAAUCUCAACAGCACCAUCAUGGCCUUGGACCAUCUUAUGGACCACCAACUGGCCCAAGGGGAAGACUAUAGCUUCGACUUGGCUGACUUGGCCAAGUAUGUGCACGAGCACAUCUCCAAGAAUAAAAACCUGUAUUCUGACCCAGGAGGCUUUGAUGUCUCGUCUACUCCUGUUGCUCAGGUCAGUGCCCCUGUCUCUCCCAGUCCCAUCAAAGAUGCUAUAGACCCUGAUACUGAUUUGGGUUUCUCUAAACGUUCUGUACACUUUGACAUGAGCAAAAAUCUUGGUGACUUAAGUGCCACUUGGUCAGACAUAGAGAGCGUUAUCUUCGCCGAAGACAAGUCAGCUUCUGAAUACAUGGACUGGGCAAAGAAGCAGGGGGACAAUGGAGAGUACGUGGGGAGCGUUUUGUCUAGUGGUAAACUGCCAGUGUCCCGCAUGGAAUCUUAUAGAGACAGUGACUACCUGUUAUGGGAACAACUGGCCAAGAUGCGGCGCAGUAAUGUCCCAGAAGACCGUGAGCGCUGGCAGCUGGAGAAGACCAAACGGAUGCUACUCUGGAUACAUCUCUCCAAUGACAACACCUACACUGAGUGGUGUUACAAGAGCCAGUGGUGGAAGGCCAAACAGAGGGCGUCGGUGGCAUGGAUCGUUCAGAAAGCUCACAAGAACAAGGUGCCUUCAGACCUCCACGACCCUUAUUACCGUGACUAUGAGGGGGCAGAGCACCUUAAACCUGGCAUUGUGCACCGGUUGGCCAAUGCAGACCUGUACUGCUCUGCAUUGGCCAAUAUCUAUGGUGAUCCCAACUUCCACAACCUGAGCCACUGGAACAUCAUACAGGCCCUGGCCAGGAAGGGGGUCUAUGUUGCUGAACCUACAGAUGUUGCUCUUACUGAGACUGUACUCAUCCAGGUCUCUCCCAUCAAAAUGUCUGCUCACUUGGCUGUGAUAGAAGCAAUGAUGGCAUUGUACAUUAGGGAAGUGGUUGUGGCCGAUCGUGCAGUUGCUGUGUUGCAGCGCGUUGGGGGUGGAAUGAUGCCUGAACGCAUUCCUCAAGACCAGGAGGAAGCUCUUGUUGUUUGGAUCAGCCACGUCACACAGGCCUUGCAAGAACGAAUACAUCAACAGGUUCAGUCUCAGGACCAGGAAUUGCCAGUUUUCCCUCGUAUUCAAGACCUAAGUGACUUGAGUGAUGGGAUUGGUCUGGCUGCUCUCAUAUCCUUCUACUGUCCCCAAGAGCUUCCUUGGGGUGACAUAGCAGUUGCUGAUCCUCCAUCUAUUGCCGAUUCCCUAUAUAAUAUUGGUCUUGUCAUCAGGUUUUGCCAAGAGAGCCUUCCAUAUAACCCUUGUCUCCUUACAAAAGAAGAUAUUGUAUAUAUGCACAGUUCAGUGAAGCAGAAUGUGCUGGCCUUUGCAGCAGAGCUGUUUUUUCUUCUAGAGCUGGAACCGGUGUCCUGUGUGUCACUACCAGGUACUAAGAAGACCUCUACUAAAUUUAUCCAGCUCUCUUCCCCAGGUGGUGGUGGGUGCAGCGGUUGGAGUGGGUACCAACGGAGCAUGAAGGUCAUCCCUGACCUCCGUGCGAGCCUCUCGCCCUCCUCGGCCCACUCCACCGCCUCCUAUUCUUCUGCCCGAUCUUCCUCCCAUUCACAGCAACGGUCACCCUAUUCCACGCUAAGAGGUCGGGGAGGAGGCAAAUCACCAUCCUCUGGGGGAAGCGGAUCGGGAUCAGGAACAGGAACAGGGACCGGGUUGAGACGACAGCAGUCCCUGACAGAACGGGACCGGCUACGCAGGGAUCGAGUCUCCGUCCAUGAGGCCCAGACCUGCCAGCCCACUCGGCAGGAACAGGCCCCCGCAAGUGGGCCAAGUUUCGGCAGAGGAUACCCACAGGGUCUCGGCUACAACAUACCUGUUAGAGAUGUCCCACUCUACCAUCAUCCACCCAGUCAUGGCCUGUCACAUGAGCGUGUAAGGGCGCGGGCCAGCCACCCAGCCCAUUUACAGGAUUAUGGGAUGAAACCUGCUGGAGCUCCAAGUGUACGACGAUCUCAUUCUAUGAAUUUAAAUGAUAUGGCUGAUAUUAGAUCGAGGAUAGAACAAAGAACAGAGAGAUCUGAGAAUGCACCUUCUUCUUAUAACAGUGAUUAUGGUGGCAGAGAUAGCUCAAUGAGUGAUGGCCAAGAGGGUGAUUUUGUUGUACAGCGUUCCCGAGGGCUGGCCACGCUCAGUGAUAUGAUGCGCACACAGUCUCCACGGCCUUCACAGGAAUUAGAGACCUCAUACUCCUCAAGAUCUACUACCAAAGAAAAAUAUAACAUGGACAGUAAAGAAGAGGAAUUAGGCGAGAGAAGUAGAGGCCUUGGGCGGCGUGGUAGCUUCAAUAACUCCCAUCCUGAUCUCCCAGCUGCUGGAAUGCCCUCUCGUUAUGAAGAAAGACCUCACGGUCGUUCAAGAUCCCGUCGUAACUCAAUUAGUGCAGAAGAUUCCCAGUUAACAAUAGAAAAUUUUGGUGGAAGCCAGGACAAUUUAAAUUAUAUUUCCAGAAACCCUGACAAAGAGCCUUUUGUUCACACAGGUAGGAGGGAGAGCUCAAACGUAGAAGGGUCACAAUUGCGGGACUCUAGAGAGGGCAGUGCGAGGCCUGAAUCUCGUAACAGUCGUGAUCGCAGUAUUGAAAGACGGUUAGAUUUGCAUCGUGGCAGCAUUGAAGAAUUAGAUAAUCGUUUAGUAGACAAAUUAGAAAGGGAGGCUCUGGAACGUGAGAAACGUGAUUCCUCACAGUACACAAGCAAAGAAAGAUUAAUAGUGCGAGAUCCAAGAAAAAUUUCUGUGGAGGCUGUUGACUCUGGAAGUGAGAGUGAUGCUUCAUUUGACAGAGAAAAGCAAAUGGUCAAAGCUACUAGUUUUGCUGAGCUUUCUAAAUUAAAAGAGCAGCUUCCAGGGGGUAUUAACAUUAUAUAUAUGCAAUCAGAUAAAGACGAUUCAUCACGGAGAAGUAGUAAGUCUUCAGAGAAGAAAACCACCUUUGCUGCCUUACCCAAUCAAACCACCUGGAAGCAACAAAGUGCCCAAAGUCACUCCGACGAUAAUAAAUCUAUUAGUGAUGAAAAUAUGGAGCCACAAGUCAUGGCUUCAGAACUCCACAAUGUGAGGUUGAAACUGGAAGAAAAACGUCGCAGAAUAGAGGCGGAGAAGAGAAAAAUGGAGCAGGCUAUGAACAAACAACGACAAAAGCUUGGGAAGGAAGCCUUUAUGCAGGCUGUUGUGAAAGGAGGAAAGGGGUCUUCCACUGGAUCCUCAACUCCCACUACAUCAGAGCCUGAUGCUUUGGACACAAUGGUAGAUUCAGUGGAACAAUGUCUGCCAAAGCAUCCCUCUUCUCUUACCACCACUGCUACUCCACCUAACCCAGACUUAUCACUGAAGGAUAUAGGUACUGAUGUGACUAGUUUGUCCAGACGGUGGCUGGAAGGGGAAAACCAAGCAGAAGAGUUGCGUACGCCUGACCUCGAUACCAUGGACUACGACCAGUAUCAUCAGUCUCUAACACAUGGGGAGAGUGGUUUGGAGGGCUCUCGACGCUCUUCCUUGGACCACCCUCAUGCAGUACAGUUGCGACGAAGAACCUACGUAGGCCGAGAUCCUCGAGAGCGAGCCUCCCGAGAUCCAAGAGUGGACUUGCGUCGAAUGAGCCUAUACUUGGAGCCUGGCACCUGGCGUUCUGCUAACGAUUCUGGAACACUACCUCCAACACCCCCACGUCGCAUCUCCAUGGGCCCAGACUCUUUUACACCACCUUACAGGAUGACUGACUCCCUUACCGAGAUCCAGAGCGACAUCCAGCGUCUGUCACAUCAGCAGCAGCAGAUUCAAAGCCUUAUGCACAAUGGAAUGAAUCCUCCUUCCAACCAAGCUAUUCAUCAAGCACCAGCUCAUGGUCAAUUUUAUCUUCAUGACCAGCAGGGAAGUCCAGUUCGACGCAUGUGGGGCCAGCAGCCAGGCAGUGAUGGGUAUGCUUCCAUGUCUCCAGCCACCAGACGUGCUCAGUGGGGGCCAGCAAGACCUAUGAUGCCCCAGAGUGAUUAUAUGAUGGCUGGACAGCAUCCUAAUUACUACCCUGGCUACCAGAUGAGCCAUCCUGCCCAAAUGCCUCCACUGAGUCAAGUGAACACUCAGCCUCAGAUGGGCAGCACAGGCCAAGGCUUUAUGCUUCAUGGCCAACCACAAUCACUACCUCCUCAGGCUAUGUACCAGAAUGGCCAAGGAUUUUAUAGUCCUGAGCACCAAUUUAGAGGGUAUCCUCCUAAUGCACAAACAUACGGUUCCAGUGACCAUCAAAGACAAAUGGGUCAGACACCACCAUUUAGAUUACAUGGUGAAGGUACAGGUGGAGAUGGUUGGGGUCCUGGUGCAGACAGUCGUGGUCCAGGCAGCCUUAGGUCCAGUGCUCAGUCUUCUCCUAGUAGACAACCUCCACAGCGCCAGCAGAAGUCCCCUAGUCCUACAAGACAGACCUCUGUCUCUCAUGCCCCUGUAGCUGCCCCUCCACCUGAUGAUAUGGAACCACAAAGUGUUUCGUUUAUUAACUCUACUGAUGAACAACAUAGUGAAAAUCAGAAAGAUGAUGCGAGUGAUAAAUUGAAAAGAUUAUCCAUUUCUUCAGGUAGCAAAACUUAUCGUAUUUCCCAUGAACCCGGGUCACCCACAAGGCCCAGUUUAGGAGUCAAAACUUUCAGAGUGCCAACAAAGAAGGGCACUCCAAUUUAUGAUGAUGUAGACUUACCCCAGCCUGCCCCACCACAACGAUCUCGGACUCCGCCUUAUCAUCAAGACACUGGUGGCCUUGAUGAUGAUGAUGAGGAUGAUGAUGAAAUUGAUAUUAAAGCAGAGCCUCUUCAAGAGGGUCCAAAAGGUGAUAAAGGGUUUUACAUAUCAUUUGAAAGUAAUAGUGGCCCAAGAAAACCUAAACCCCAGUUACGGAACAAGAAAAUGUCUCGAAAAAAUUCCAGUCCUUCAACACCAGCAACAACUCCGAGCAGAGAAGAUCUUCCUGUUGUGCCUAUCCGACCCAGUCGGACCUCCAAUGGUUCGUUUGAUCCUCAGAGUGGCAGCAUGACCCAAACCCUUAGCCCCAGCAUGGCUAAAUCACCUUUUACCCUCAGUAGUCUCCAGUCAAGCUCAAAACGUGGCUAUCCCUCACCCCAAAUCAAUGGGCUAUCUCAUAACUCUCCUUCGGAGACUGAACAGGAGGAGCAUGAGCCUUGCCCUGAGAUACAUCCGGAUGAAAUGGCUCCCUUUUCCAGUAAGAACCAAUUAGCAGAACCCACUGCUGGCAUGGCCAUAGUCAUUGCAGAUGACCUAACCAACAGUGAGAAUUCAUCUGCAUCAGAGAUGGAGAAGAAGAAGGAAAAGCUGAUGAUGAUGUCCAUGAAGCGUAAGCAGGAACAGGAGGAGGCAAGAUUAAGGAAGGAGAUGGAAGCACAAGCAAAAAGAGAAGCAGAAAAGUUAAAAGAAGAAGAAAAACUACAAAAGAAGGAAGAAGAAAAAGCACGACGGCAAAUGAUUUUAGAGAGAUAUAAAAUCAAGAAAGCCAUGGAGGAAGCAGAAAAAGAGGGUCGGUAUUACGAACCUCCACCGGGAUUGAGUCCUGACCCCCCUAGUUCUUCACAUGGAAAGCCAUCAGUUCGAUUAAGAAACAAACCGCCAGGAGGCAGUAGACCGCGGCCUAAAACUAUGGCGGGGUCAUCUGUGUCAGACACAACUGAUGGAGAACUGACACCUAGUCGUGGCAAGAAAGGGAGCUCUCAAAACAUUGCUGGUGAGGUUGGGAGGAGAGGCGAAGGCAGCAGAUCUGGCAGUAUGAGGAAGAGCAGCGGGCGGUGGGGAUCUUCACAGUCGCUCACACGUGCAGCUGGCUCUCGUGGAUCCAGCGGCAGCUUAGCUGGAGACUAUCCCAGCACGACCCGCACCUUGGACCGUGGCCACACAGGCAGACGUCCCACCUCUGUUAUUGGUUACUCCUCAAUCACCCGAGGGGAUGGCAGGAAAACUUCACUGUAUGGCUCCCAAGGCGAUGGCCUCAAUUAUGGUGAGGAUUAUCGUGUACAUGAGGCGCGCCGACCAAGCCUGGCCCUGGAAGGCAGUGGUUCCAGGCUGAGGCGAGGAUCUGCCUCCUCCUACAACAAUGUUGGCUCAUCUGGAGGAUACAAAAAGUACCGGUCAACAGGCAAUCUGAGUGGUCAAAGUGAACAUGAUAGCUUAGUAUACCACAUGAGUGAAGAUAGUGGCCUUGGUCGUGCUACUCCUCCUCGCCGUGCUCCUUCUCCAGGAAUGGCACGUCACCUACCUUCACCAUCUGGUCCUGGUUCCUUACCUCCUGGCCUAUUCUCUAAAAGACGGCAAGGUGGAUUUGACGAUGCAGCCAGUGAUAUCUCUUCCACCGCUAGUUCCACAAUGGACUAUUAUGGUCCAAAAUUGUUUAAACAACCAACAGCUAAGUCCAAUAGAACAAUCAUCCUGAAUGCAGUUGAAUAUUGUGUCUUCCCGGGCAUGGUAAAUCAGACUGCCAAACAUAGAGUUCUAGAGGAGAUAGCACGUUCCGAGUCGAAACACUUCCUUGUCCUAUUCCGAGAUUCUGGUUGCCAGUUCCGAGCCAUAUAUUCCUUUAACCCAGAGACGGAAGAGGUGUGCAAGCUGUAUGGUACAGGUCCUAAACAAGUUAAUGAUAGAAUGUUCGACAAAUUCUUCAAAUACAACUCUGGGGGCAAAUGUUUCUCUCAGAUCCACACUAAGCACUUGACUGUUACUAUUGAUGCGUUUACCAUUCAUAAUUCUCUCUGGCAGGGAAAGCGUGUGAACCUUCCCUCCAAAAAGGACAUGACUCUUGUUAUUUAAGUUUCCUGAGAAAGCAGCUUCUCGUUUACUAAACCCACAUACAGUAUAUUUUGGUACUCAUGCAUACACUGCGAGAAUGUCAUGUGUGGCUCUGCUGCUCCAGUUGGUCUCUUACCAAGAGAUAUUGAUGAGCAUUUUUAUACAAUAUUAAUUCUGACGAUAGAUAAUGGUAUGCUACUCCUGAGGAAAUCUCUCGUGUGUGGGCUUACAGAGUUUCGAGAGGCUAAAAAUUUUCUUAUGUACUGAGGAAUUCCUCUCAACGGGUGAAUUUUUUAGGAUAAAUAAGCCAUUUUAUGUGUGAGACAGCAAGCCUUUUCCUCAGCCUUUGCUCACACAGUUCCCCCAGUACUAGCCUUAAAGCAUUUAAAGGUUUUGGUUGUGGCUCUGUUGGUCAGUAUAACCAAUUAGUCAGGUUGUUUACAAAACAGAAUUUGUUAUCGGUUGCUCUGGUCUUUAAAGGGUUUGGUGGUUUAUAUGACUGCAAGUUUAUGGCAGCCUUCUCCACUGUGCUAGAAGCCAUUUCAUUUUAGAGGAUAUGAAGAAAGGUUUAUAAAGUUAGGGAAUAAAAUGUAUUUAGAAGUUUUAAUAUGAUUUUCAAAGUAGUAAAUAAAUUGACAUCAACCUCAGAUGUGACUUGAACUGAAAGUUGACUUGAUAUCCUGCCAUUAGCAGCCUUCAUUUAUAAUGUUCUGUUCAACAGUUAUUUGGAAAAUUCCCUAUUGCAAGUCAAAAGUAAGAUUAUUAGAAAAUUAUGGGUACUAGGAUGUGAUUUUUUUCUGUAGAUUUUCAAAGAUUAAAGGGUUGGUGGUCAUUGGUCACUCCUGUAUUCUGUGUAAAUCUUUGAAAAAUGUUUAUUUAGUGGAGGGGUAAUUCUGGGUUAUAUGCUGUAUUUCCUCCAUGAAAUUUCUCGAUCACAUUCCUGUUGCUGGGUUAGUACGUGUUAGGAUUUUAUUUAAAUCAGACCUUAUUGAUAAGGGGUGCCAUAAUGUCAAGACUUAAAGGUUAAUGUGAUGAUUGUUACUUAAACGGUUUUUGCAACCAUUGAAAUGCAAACAACAGCAUGAAUUUGAAGAUGUGAGGUCAGCAGGGCAUAUAAUUUGUUUGCAGUGUUAACUAAUGCAAUUCCAUAUAACAUUCGCUUCUCGUACUAAAUCUGUGAUUCUUGUGAUCGUUAGGUAAGAUUUGCAUCAGGCAUAUGUAAGUAGUAUCUCCAUGUAUUUUUUAGAAUGUAUGUAGGUUAAAGGAAAGGAAGAAUAUUAAGGCUAAAUAAUGCCUGCGUUGGAGCUAGCCUUGCUUGCAUAAUCCUGACGAUACAAUUAAUUCCAACUUGUUUAGAUAUAAAUUAUAGUGUUGAACUUGUAUAUAUUAGAAUGUGAUAGGGGAACAAUGAUGCUGGAUUGUGGAAACAUUCCUCUUUUUCCCCAAAUACUCACAAAGAGACUGUAUAUCUGAACAAAAGAUUUCCAUAAGUUUGAAGAGUUUCCGUAGCUUUUGUACUAAGGAAUGUUUAUUUUAUUUUCUAUUUUCUUUUUGUGUGUGUGUAUGUUAUCGUCUUGUAAUCAAACUGUUAAAUACCUACCACUUUUGACAUUUUUAUUUCUUCAUUGAUAUCAUCUCAUAUGUUAAUACUUCGUUACAUUUUAAAUCCAUUCAAUAUUCUCCAGUUAAAAAAAUUGGUUACAAUAAAUGCAAUACUAGAAAAGCUGACACUUAAAAUAUAUACUGGAGAGAGGGUGCUCAUACAUUCAGUUAUGUAUAUUAACUAAUGAUGUAUAUGGUAUGAAGAUUAACACAAAGCUAAUGGCGACCUCUAGGCUAGCGAUAUCCUGUUGUCACAUUAAUGGCAUGCAGUGUGAAAUUACCCAUUUGUUUGUAUGCAUGUACUUACCUAUUUGUAGUUGCAGGAAUGGAGCUUAUGCAAGUGGUGUCCUGUCCUUUAUUUUCCAGUAUCCUUUUUUUCUGUUGUAUCUUUCAUUGUUUAAAGUCAGCCUCUUCUCUGUUACUGAUACUUUAUAUCACUUUUAUUAAUUUAUUUGUAGAUAUUACUAACCCUUGUUGUUUAGCGCUUCGUUUUGUUUAUAAUAAUAAUUGUAGAUAUUACUUAUCUGCUGCUUAAUGAAACCCUUUUUAGUGUCAUUAGUCUGUCCAGUGUAACUUUCCUCAGUUCGGAAAUCCUCUUUUAAUUAUACUCCUUUAUUAAUGUUCAAAUACCACAUCACAGCAGCAUAUUCUAAUUUUGAUCUAAUAUAUGCUAUAAAAACAAUCAGGACUUUGACUUUAGUAAUGUUGAAAACUAUUUUAAAUUGGCAUAUAAAAUCAGCAUGCUUCUUACUACUCCAGUUAUGAUUUUCUAUUGUUGAUUUGCAAUUGCCUCAAGAUCAUUAACAAACAUCUUCAAAAACCACAUUACAGUUUCAUCCAUUUCCUUUGUGUGUAAUUUCCUAUUAAGUGUUUCCAGGCGUUUAGCUCUUGGCUCUGUUUUUUGCAAUUCAACCAACUGAACAGGAAAUAUCUCAUAUCUGCUUUUGAACCGCUGCAUGAAUUUGGCUUGUGCAAUCUCACUUCGCAAGUCAUUGCAUUUUUUUUUCUUGCUUUAUUACUGUUGUUUGUUUGCCUAAAGAUGAGAGGCUCAUGUCUUCUAUCCUUUCUUCAAAGCUUAUUUCUACUCAGAACCAGUCUCAUGGUCUUGAACUUUCUCAAAGUUUCACCUGCUGCUUGAUUAAGCAAAGGUUCUAUACUGGCACUCCAAAUUGCUGAAGUAUCUUUAUAGCCUUUUCUCAUUGGCAAGUCAUAUAAAAUGGGAAUAACUUGGAGCCCCUGUACUAGUCCUUGAUUUACUUCACUAGUUAUUCUUAUCCUGAUGAUGCCUUCUCUGUCACAGUAUUGAAGGCUUUAUUGCACAACGAAUAUCCAGUCUGUAAUUGUGUUUGUGUAUUAAGCAGUUAUUAUCAUUCCUGAACGUAUGCUGUUCAUCCAUUUGGAAUUUUGUUUUAAUAGAUGUUUGACAUAAGUUUUAGAGAGGCUUGUUUAUAAUUCAGGUAUUAGUAUAAAAAUUAUGUUCAUAAGAACAUUCAGCAUUUAGGGGUCAUACUGUGCCUAUUAGGUACUGGUAUUCUUUUCUGACAUUUUCUUAAAUUGCUAUGGUGUUUGCCAUUUUCUAACCUUGUAGCAUUUUGCCUGUCCCUAAUGAUUUAGUGAAAAAUCUGAGUGAAAGUAUACAGUAUUUUAACUCGUGGUAUUUAUGCUAACAUUUCUUGGAAGUGCCAGGCUCCAUUGGUAUUCCCUUCACUACCAUCUUCAAUACCUGUCAUAGCCCAAAAGAAAAACUGAAUCUUGAGCUCAUUGUAUGCUUCAGUCAUUUAGUGCAGAUAUUCCUACCUUUUUCCAUAAGGUUACCACCUGAUUAUUUUACUUGUAUGGCUAUAAAGUAACUUUGGUUCUGUUUGCCAUAAAUGCUGUAUGCAUGGAUAUGUACUUGGCUAAUUAUUUGUGGGUAUUAGGCUCCAGCUGUUGGCUUUACGUAAAGCAACUGUUAGUGUAAUGUACCCUGUAUCCUAUGGUCUUUGUUGUAUUUGUGUGAUUGCACAUAUGCAUGGGUUUUUCAUGAAUUUGCAUAUGCUUAUCAGUGGAGUAUAUUUUCUUAGUGUUGAUUAUGCUCCUACUGUUUAAACAAAAUUGGUUGCCAUUACUGUUUAAACUACUAAUUGUGAAAUGGGAAUGUAUGCUAUUAGUGAUACAACAGUGUAAAGCACACUACAGAGUGCCUAGAGGAGUUCACCUUUACAAUGAGAGAUCCAUAAGGGAAUGCAUAGCCAGGUCAGAUGUAAAUUAUAAAACAGGUAGCUGGAUUAAUUUAAAAAUCUUCAUAUGGAAGAAUGAAUUUGACUUCUGGCAGUCAGCUGCUGUUCAUUGGGAGGUUGUUUGCUUGAGAUAAAGGUCAUUACAUGUAAUGUUUCUUCUUCAAGUAGAUGGUUUUGUAAUGAAUUUAAGAUGUCCAGCUAUUUAAUGUUUGUAAUUAUUUACAAAAUACUGCUUACAAUGACUUCAGCACCUGGAUGAGUUUUAUGAGCAAGCUUUAGACAUAUUGUCUAAUAAGGAUAGAUUUUGGGUCUCUGAAUGUCAAGGUGAACAAGUUAUCCCUUGCUGACUCCAUUUGUUUUGAUUUAGUGUGACCAUGUGUACAUACUGUUUUAUAUUUAUUCCCAACAUCUCAAAAUGGGGUGGGCUUAUAGAGAACUCCAAUGUCUGCUUGUUAUUAAUGAUAACAAUAAAUUCAGUCUUUUUCAUAA